AUGAAGCAAAAGAAAAGUAGAAAAAGAAGUUCAGAGGUUGACAGUUCAUCGCAGAACAUUCAGUUCGAGUGCAAAGGCUUUGGACAUGUCCGUUCUAAAUGUGCAAAUCUGCUGAAGAAGAAGGCGUUGGCUUGCAUCAAAAGUGAUUCUGAUAAUGAUUCAGAUGAUGAAUUGGCCUUAAAUAAUUUUGUGGCGUUGACAACGUUUGUCUCCGGUGCUGUACCAGAAUCUGCAACAGAACCUGCAAUAGAAGCUGCAGCAGAAACUGAAGCAAAGCUCAAAUUGGUUGAAGAUAAUUCGGUGUUAACUAAGGAGAAGGUCAAGCUAGAAGCUCAAGUUGCUGAAGCACAGAAGUAUGCUGUUCAGAAAGAAGAUGAAGCAAUUCAAGCUAGAGUUCAGCUGGAAGAGACACAAAAGUAA